UUCUUCUACCAGAAUAGAUCCUAGUACAUUGAAAGUUGUAGGAUCAACAAAUUUACCAGUGAAAGUUUAUGUCAGGCAGCAUCAUAACAGUCCGCGUAUUCUGUGUUUAACAAAUCAUCUGAGAAAUUCAGAAUUGAUCGAUCCAAUAUUUGAGUGGCAUGGACCAAGUGGUGAUUUGGUUACAGCUUAUUCUGAUCCUAACUUUUACUAUGAGUUUACAGCACGAUAUCAUUCAGCUCCCUGCAAUAGUAUCUAUAAUACUUCUUUUGAAAGGAAGUUGCUUCAGAUAUUGGCCAAGCUUGUUGUGGAGCUAGCCUGUGAGGUUUCGUUACAGAAGUCUGAAUGCCAUCAUGUAAAAAUGCAGAGAGCUGGAAUGCAAAAUGAGAUCUUCUUUACUUUUAAAGUUUCUUCUCUAGAAGCAGUAAAAGGCAAAACUCUGUGUCAGAAAAGUGUGUGUGAUGUAGCAAGAAGAUUACGAAAGGCAAAAGACCUAAUAGAGAAAUUUUUUAGCCAACAAGUUGAAGUUCUUGGAAAAAGAACAGCACCGCUACCUGAAAUAUACUACAUUGAAGGCACUCUGCAAAUGGUGUGGGUUAAUCGCUGUUUUCCAGGCUAUGGAAUUAAUUCUCUACUACAUCCAGACUGUCCUAAUUGUUGUGUGGUUUGCAGUCCAGGAUCAUUCAACCCUCAUGAAGGAACUCAUUGUCUUCAGUGCAACAGAAGUCUGGCAUAUGGAGCCAAACAUUGUUACUAGAAUGUCAGCAUAAUCCUUUUGCUAUAUAUUCAGUAACAUUCAUGUGCUUUAUAUCUUUGUAAUCAAAAUAAAAGGAUUUUUCAAAAA